AUGCCGGCCAGGCACUUCCUUCAGUCAUGGAAGAACACAGUCUUAUCUCAAUCACCCACUUCCAUCCUCGUCAUCUCCGGUCACUGGGAGACCAAAUACCCUACCGUCAGCGUCGUCCAACGCAAUCAAACCAUCCACGAUUUCUAUGGUUUCCCCGAUCGCAUGUACAAGCUCGAGUAUCCAGCACCUGGAGCUCCAGAAUUGGCAAAGAGGGUAAAAGAGCUGCUUAUGUCCUCUGGCUUCAAGCGUGUUGAUGAAGAUAGAAAACGUGGGCUUGAUCAUGGAGCAUGGGUUCCUCUCAUGCUAAUGUACCCAGAGGCUGACAUCCCUGUUUGUCAACUCUCCCUUCAGUUGGACAAGGAUGCAACUUACCAUUACAAUAUUGGCAAGGCAUUGGCUACUCUCAAGGACGAAGGUGUGCUGAUCAUUGGAUCUGGAAGUGCAACUCACAACCUGAGGUCCCUUGGACCACGUAAGGGUUCUGUCGCUUCUUGGGCUUUGGAGUUUGAUACUUGGUUGAAAGAUUCUCUCCUUGAGGGAAGAUACGAAGAUGUGAAUCAUUAUGAAUAGAAGGCACCACAUGCAAGGACGGCUCAUCCAUGGCCAGAUCACUUUUAUCCAUUUACAUGUAGCAAUUUGGUGCUGCCGGUGAAGUGCCAAAGCUAAGCUAGUUCACCACAGCUGAGACAUGAGUUCUCCUUCUUAUGCUUCUUACAGUUUACA